AUGCCGAAAGAAGACAAUAGCUCGAUUCUCCAUGAAGUCGGCAGUAGUCGGCUUGUCACCAUUCGACGAGCUUUCUUAUCGCAGACGCUUAAGCUGCUUCAGCCAGUGAUGAUUGGUGAAAUUGUUCCAUCUUUCGACGAUGCGAUCACGUUCUUCACACUGGCUGCUAUUGGAGCGAGCGAAAAUGAUACUCACAUCAAACUGCCCCACUGGUUGAACUUCAUGAAGUAUGCGCUAAAAAAGCUCAAUUUAUAUGCUGAAGUAGAACAUCUUGACGAAGAAACGAAAGAAGAGAGGAGAAGACUUUGGUGGUCUGGCUACACGAUUGAUCGACACGUAGCACUUUCGUUCAAUCUACGUCCUCAGACGACAGACCUUGAAUGUCAGAUGCUGCAAAGGCCCUGUCGUGAUGAUGUCUGGGAAUCGGACAUAUUGCUGUCAGAAUAUUAUCAGACUGGAAGGUCGAAUGUCCUAAAAGGUAUCGUCUAUAGUGUGCAAAACCUUGACGUCUUUGGCGUCCUACUGCCUCUAUCAAGUAUGGUCGGAGACAUCCUUGAGUAUCAUUUUCUCCGCCAACAUGCAACCUUCGGAUCUCAUCGCUCAUUCAUGACGGAUAUCCGAAAUAACAUCGAACAGAAUCUUCGCCUCUGGGAUAAGAGUCUUCAAGAUCAUUUGGCAAGAAUACAAAAUCCGGUAAACCCGACGGACAAUGAUGAUGCCGACACAAGACCUCUGAGACCAUUUAAUUACGAUGCGGAAAUGCCAGCCUCGACCUCCUCCAAGGUAGUGCUUUAUGGCAGACACAUCUGGCACUGUCUGCACGUGCUCCUCUUUGGAACAAUGGACUUUGUAGAGAUGUACCGGGACUUGUCAUGGCAGGCUUCAACAGACUUUGUGCAAGCAGGGGAACAUGCGAUCUCAUGCGCCAAACUCGCAGGCUCAAUCCUCACCCUCGAUCCCCGCCUUCACUACAUUUACCGUUUCUUCGGAACCUACCUCUUACAAUCAUCCUUCAUAUUCCUCAUUCUUGCCCAAAAACUCGGCCAAGCAGCAGAUAACCUCAUCCUCGAGAACUGUACCAUCAACCUCCGCGUACUUGAUACAUUUGUCCAAGUCGUUAAUGUUGAGUACCAACGUACUUUUGCGAGGGUGUUGAGACAGACAUUGUCGAAAAGGUUUGAUGAAGAAGGUGGUGGUGGGGAUGGUGGACUGGACCCCGCGUUACUGCAGUAUAGGUGGGUUGCUGGUUAUAAUGGGUUAUGGAAUGGCGAUAUGGCGCUGGGGGCUGCAGGGAACACGGAGGAUGCUUGA